AUGCUCAGCGGUUGUGGACUACGUUCUGGCAUGUACGAUCGCCUUACAAAGAAACGCUACGCUAAACAGCUUACACAAGCUUUCGGUCAGAAUCAUUCCAUGGCAUUGCCCAAGAUUACGGGGUUUCUGUGGUUCUACCUUGGUAUCCUGCUGGCUUUUGGUCAAGUCUUGACAGUCAACGGGCAAGGUAAAGACGGAGAAUGGGAGCUUCCAGCUGAGCCGGCACUCGCAGCGGAUGGCCUUCAGAUCAAGCUUGACCGUGACCUGUACAAGAAGCAGGGCUCCAUUGUCUACGCCAGUCAUCUCCAGUCUGAUGAGAAGCUAGACAUUUCGGACAGCCAGCUAUACAGAAUUGCCAAGGAUGCUUUCAUGGAGAUGAGAAGCAGCGCCAAGAAGAACGGCCUUACUGAAAAGAUCCCAAAUGUCAUGACGACCCUCUUUAUUAACAACGAACUCAUCUUUGCGUCUUCGGCAAAAGGACCAAAGGACCCUUAUAAUAAAGACGACCAGGUCGUAGGCGAUCUGACAGUUUGCUCCAAGGCCAAUGAGGGCAGACGUCACAAGAAUGGAGGAAGGUGUGGUGAGGUGAUGGCCUUUCACGAAUGGUACCAAACCCAUGUGGGUUCCCCACGGUUGGACAAGAACAGUGGCGCCAAGAUUGUCGCAAUUUCCGAGCAGUGGAAUGCCGCUAGAACGAAGAGGGAGCCUCUUAUCUUGCCCCCCUGUGGCAACGACAAGGAAUGGGGCUGCAACGUUUUUAUUAACGGCGUAUACGCAUUGGAUGAUGCCAAGGUUGCCGCGGAUCUUGCCAAAGAUCCCAAGAAGCCAGCGUUUCGAUACAAGAAUAUGAUUAAAGAGAAGAAACUGAAGCCGGCGCCCGGCAAGCCAGUCCCGCCUCCCAAAGAAUAA